AUGAAGCGCGGCGCGGGCACCGAGAAUGGUCUACAGCAACACGCUAGUCGAAACUGCUUCAUUAUGCCAACAAUACGCUCAUUUUCGAGCCUUGGUGAAAUCACCAGUCCGUGUGAAGCAGGUGUCUUGGCCUUGCAGAAUAAAAAGACAGAGCCUACGUCCGAGAUUGCAAAGUCGCACUUUGUUCACAUCUAG